AUGCUUCACCUCUUACGGGGUGUGCGCGUGCUUCAGAACACUUUCCCAAUAACUUUCAGAAAAUUCUCAACCAAUAACAAUGUUUCAGACCUGUCGAAAAUUCGCAAUAUCGGUAUCUCUGCUCACAUUGACAGUGGGAAGACUACACUUUCAGAAAGAAUUCUUUUUUACACUAACAGGAUAAAUGAGAUGCACGAAGUUAAAGGAAAAGAUGGAGUUGGUGCUAUAAUGGACUCAAUGGAACUCGAAAGACUUCGUGGGAUAACAAUUCAAUCUGCUUCAACUUUCACAACAUGGAAAGAUUGCACUAUCAAUCUGAUUGAUACACCUGGUCAUGUAGAUUUUACAGUUGAAGUUGAAAGAGCCCUUCGUGUUCUUGAUGGUGCAGUUCUAGUAUUGUGUGCUGUUGGUGGAGUUCAAUGUCAAACAAUUACAGUAACUAGACAAAUGGAUCGUUAUAAUAUACCUAGAAUUGCAUUUAUUAACAAACUUGAUCGUCAAGGUGCAGAUCAUGUUCGAGUUCUUAAUCAAAUAAGAUCGAAGCUUAAACUCAAUUCAGCUUUUAUUAAUAUACCUAUAAGUGACGAUUCAAAAAGUACAGGAAUAAUUGAUUUAAUCAAUGAGACAAUUGUUUAUUUUGAUGAACCAUUUGGAUUAACUGUACGACAAGAUGCUAUUCCAUCUUCCAUGUUAGCAGAGACUAAAGAACGUCGUGCUGAAUUUAUUGAAUGUCUAGCUGAUGCUGAUGAAGAGAUUGCUGAAUCAUUUCUAAAUGAAAAAUCAUUAACUCAAGCUGAAUUAAAAGCUGGCUUACAUAGAGCCACCAUUUCAAGACGAUUUGUUCCAGUUCUGGUUGGUUCAGCAUUACGUAAUCGUGGUGUACAACUACUGCUUGAUGCAAUUGUGGAUUAUUUACCUAAUCCUGGUGAAGUGAACUAUUAUGCUUUGAAUGAAAGCUCAGGUGAAACUGUUAAAGUCCCAUUAAAACCUGAACGAACCAGUGAUAAUCCAUUUCUGGGGUUGGCUUUCAAACUGGAAGCUAGUAAAUUUGGUCAGUUAACUUAUAUGCGUAUCUAUCAAGGUUGUUUACGUCGUGGUGAUUCAGUGAAAAAUUCACGUACCGGUCGUCGUAUUCGUGUUCCACGACUUGGACGAUUAAAUGUUACUGAAUUGGAAGAUUUAGAAGCUGUCUACGCUGGUGAUAUUGCUGCAUUUUUUGGUGUUGAUUGUGCAUCAGGGGAUACAAUGAUUGAUGUCAAUAUGAAAGAACCAUUAGCUAUGGUGUUAGGAAGUGACCUCAAGGAAGAACUGUCACGCGAACCAAUAAUGUCUGGUUGGGGCUAG